CGCAACCAACCCCGCUGUUGAGGAGCAUCUGUUUACGCGAUCAUAUCUUGCGUUCACAGAAAUAACCCUUCUGUUUGUUUUCGCUUUAUUGCAGGAAUUGAAGCCUAUUUGGCUUCCUGCAUUCUCCGUUUUCCUCUGGAUUUAAGCCUAGCUGUUUUCCCCUCUCCUCUCUUCUUCUGUACCCACUGACUCCUCCCUCCGUAGCUCUCAUGCUCCCUCGCUCACGGACGGACACACUUGAACACAAGCACACAUACAUACGCACACACGCCCUCCUCCCCCAUCGCUGCAGUGUCUCUUAACUGCCUCGGAGCUAGCAAGAGGGGAAAUAGCACACUGACAAUUAUCAGAGGAGGCGAGAGCAAUACCGACGAAAGAGCGCUUGUGAAUGGGUGCGUGUGCGAGAGGAGAUCCAGACAGAUCUAAGGAUGUCCGUGUUACAGGACUAAAGGGAAGGAUUGUGCGCUCCCUCCUUGCCAUCAAGGCGAAUGUUUGUCUGCAGUGUUGCUGGUGAAUGGACAGCAAACGGUGACACGGAACGUGGGCCUUUAACUGCCUCGCUGGUUUAUGCAAGCAGGAGGAUCUAAAAUACAGAAACUCAGAAAAGUCAACGAGUACAAAGGCCUGACAUUGCACUGACUGGAGAGAAAGUGAAUGAAGAAAACCAAAGGAGGGAGGUGAUACAGAUGAAUCAGUCAGAGAUAAACAGUGAAGCAAACUGGACACCAUGAGGGAAGAGAGCGAAGGAAUUUUACGGUUUCGACUUUCUCUCCCAGUCCAUUAAAAUUCAUUACGUAUAUAUGCUGAUAUGAGCCUGAAGCCUUUGGGGUCUCGAAGGCAACCGCAGCCUUAUGUGAGGGCUUGAGUGGGUCUUUCCAUCAUGUCUUGGUAGCAUUGUACAUCAAAGUAUUAGCCUCAAAAUCCCAAAAAAUAGACUCGGACUAUGCAAAUAGUCUAAAAUCAAAUCUGACCAGUUCUUGCAGUAAAAGCUUCCCUUAACAUCUGCCCAGCUUUAUCAACAUAACCUUGCAUACCUUACCAUCCACUUUUCCCACUUCCUGGGAUUACCAAUUCAAACAUGGGGUGCCGGCAAAGUUCAGAGGAGAAGGAAGCCGCCAGGCGCUCACGGCGCAUAGAUCGUCACCUCCGUUCAGAAAGCCAACGGCAGCGGCGCGAGAUCAAACUCCUGCUGCUCGGCACCAGCAACUCCGGCAAGAGCACCAUUGUGAAGCAGAUGAAGAUUAUCCACAGUGGAGGUUUCAAUCUGGAAGCCUGCAAGGAGUAUAAGCCCCUCAUCCUCUACAAUGCCAUCGACUCACUCACUCGCAUCAUCCGAGCCCUCGCCACCUUGAAGAUCGACUUUCACAACCCAGAUCGGGCAUACGAUGCCGUUCAGCUCUUCGCCCUCACCGGGCCCGCCGAAAGCAAGGGUGAGAUUACGCCAGAGCUUCUAGGGGUGAUGAAACGUCUGUGGGGCGACCCAGGGGUACAAGAAUGCUUCUGUCGCUCCAACGAGUAUCACCUUGAGGACAACACGGCCUAUUAUCUAAAUGACCUGGACCGUAUUUCUGCGCCAGAGUACAUCCCAACCGUCGAGGACAUUCUGCGCUCACGUGACAUGACCACUGGCAUUGUCGAGAACAAAUUCACCUUCAAGGAGCUCACCUUUAAAAUGGUGGACGUGGGUGGCCAGCGGUCGGAGAGGAAGAAAUGGAUCCACUGUUUUGAGGGUGUGACAGCCAUUAUAUUCUGUGUGGAGCUGAGUGGUUAUGACCUCAAGCUUUAUGAAGACAACCAGACGAGUCGUAUGGCGGAGAGCCUACGUUUGUUCGACUCCAUCUGCAACAACAACUGGUUCACCAACACCUCCCUCAUCCUCUUCCUCAACAAGAAGGACCUGCUGGCCGAGAAGAUCAAGCGCAUCCCGUUGACGGUCUGCUUCGCCGACUACAAGGGUCAAAACACCUACGAGGAGGCGGCCGUCUACGUGCAACGGCAGUUCGAGGACCUGAACCGCAACAAGGAGACGAAAGAGAUCUACUCGCACUUCACCUGUGCCACCGACACCAGCAACAUCCAGUUCGUUUUCGAUGCCGUGACGGACGUAAUCAUCCAAAACAAUCUCAAGUACAUCGGGCUCUGCUAGGACGAGAGGGCAGGCUCGGGAAACGACAAAAGAACACCAAGGCCGCUCCGUCGAUCCGUCCGGGUUCCCGCAAAAACGCUUGUUAAAACAGGAAAGUCGGAUGAGGCCCGGAGGGGAGGGCUACGUGCUGCCAUCCUGUUAGAUUUAUCAAUGUCAAAAACUAAAAGGUCAAGGAGGAUUUUACAAGGUUGCUAUAAAUGUGUUUGCACUGAACAUGCGUAUGUAGACACACACACACACACACACACACAUUAUGUUUGUUCACACAAAACAGACUUUGCAAUGGGAUCAGCUGUCACGCACGUUUGACAUGGAAACACUGGAUACAAAUCUGCCCCUAUCUUCCCUGGGAAACGCCAGGACUUCCUUAUCAGUGCACCCAAAAAUAAAGUACAAUUCUGUGAUACCAUCAUGCUUUUCCUAACCUGGUUGAAUUCCUGCCAUUUGUUUGAACACAGAAAAUGAGAUGUUAGGCAGUUCCCGCUUUUUGUCUUAUUAUGACAGUAAAUGGUGACCAGGGGCUGUGAAGCUCCAAAUUUGGACAAAACACAAAUUCUCUGAUUGUAAUCUAUCUUCAGUUUAACAAAACAAAAUCUAUUCGCAAAAUCCCUAAAUCAAUACUGAAUCUGCAUGCUUUACUUUAGAGACAGGGCUCGACAGGAGCGCCCAAUACAUUUUGUGCGUGUGCGCACCCAGAAAGUCGAAUCUCAAGGCUUCCGACUGCGCCCAAAUGCUGGGUUGAUGUUUCCUAGCACUGGAAUUGAGAUUUUUAUGCAAAAUAACUUCAAAAUGCCGCGAUUGUCCUUGUAAGUGUAGUGUGUUUUGUUAAUGUGAACAAUUCAGAAAGAAAACGCAUGUGUUACAGUAUAUUGUAUCUGAUGGCAUAACGUAGGUCUUAAAGUGACAGUAAACCAAAUAAAUUAAACUUCUACAAAACGAAAAUUUCGAAUGAUAUGACGCUAUAAUGACUAAUCGAUGUUGAAUCAAACCAAAAACAUAAAAAAAGAAUCGAAUUGAAUUGCCAAAUUUUGUCUCAAUACUCUAGUCGUUUGUGUAUUUUGAAUAUGUGCACAUGCCGAUCUAGUGCAUCCUAAUUCCUUUUAUGAUGUCUUAACAUAAACGUGAAUGAGAUUUGAGAGGUGCACUGUAAAAAAAGUAAGUUACAGGGUUGCCUUAAAAUUUUGAGUUAAUUCAACUUAAAAAUAUUAGUUGAGACAUUUUUGUAUUAUUUAACUAAUCUUUUUAAGUUGAAUUAACUCAAAAUGCAUAAAAAGUACAGGUCCUAAAUUAAUUUCUUUACGAAAAUAUAAUUUCAUUUAGAUUUUUGGGUGAAAUGUCACCCAAACAUCAGUGUUGUAGUGGAGUCAAAUAAAAAAACAUACACAGUUUGCACUGCAAUUUUGAGUUUAUUCGACUUAAAAAUAUUAGUUGAUAAAGUAAAAGAUUUUUUUAAGUUGAAUUAACUCAAAAUUUUAUGGCAGCCAGGUAACUAAUUUUAUUUUAAGUUAAAUCAAUAAAUCUUUUUAUACAGUGUAUUUUUUGCUGCCAAUUUUACCAAAUGUUGCAGGAUAUCAGCAAAGACAUUUAAAGGGACACUCCACUUUUUUAAAAUAUCCUUAUUUUCCAGCUCCCUUAAAGUUAAACAUUUGAUUUUACUCGUUUGGAAUCCAUUCAGCUGAUCUCCGGGUCUGGCGCUAACACUUUUAGCAUAGCUUAGCAUAAUCCAUUGAAUCUGAUUAGACCAUUAGCAUCGCGCUCAAAAAUGACCAAAGAGUUUUUGAUAUUUUUUCUAUUUAAAACUUGACUCUUCUGUAGUUACAUCGUGUACUAAGACCGACGGAGAAUUAAAAGUUGUGAUUUUCUAGGUCGAUAUGGCUAGGAACUAUACUCUCAUUCUGGCGUAAUAAUCAAGGACUUUGCUGCCGUAACACGGCUGCAGCAGACGCAAUCAUAUUACGCAGCGCCCGAAAAUAGUCCCAUUGGUAACUUUCAAUAGCAGCGGACUAUUUUCGGACAUUGCGUAAUAUCUAUAAACUUUUAAUUUUCGGUAGUAUUUAGUUCACAAAAAGCUAUUGUUUUAAGCUGUAUCAACGGAUUUAUGACAAUUUUGUAAGCUUGUCAGCCCUCGGUCACCAUUCACUGUCAUUGUAUUUAAAACAGCAGUGGGAAAUUUCUGCUGAAAAGUCUCUGAAAAUCACGCAGGUUUGAAAACCAUAAAGGAGAGUAAAUGAUGACAGAAAUAUUUUAUUUUUGAUGUUGGGCGUGAACUAUUCCUUUACAUUUUCUCUUUAUUAUAUGGUCUUUGAUUUGCCUGAUUCAAGUAAUGCUGCUUUUAAAGAAGGUAUAAAGAGUUUAUAUAAAAUACGCUUGUUUAUGAGAGCUUAAAAGUAUCCUUACAGAAAGUAAAAAUCAAACUGAUGUCAUACGGUUCUGCUCCAAAGGUAAAAACUGCCACUUUCUGAAGCUUUUUAAACACAUUCACACUGUAGUUUAUUUUUGGCUAUCUGACCGCCAGGAAACAAUCUAUUUUCUUGUUUCUUUUUGUUUCUUUUUUUUUUAAAUCUAAAAAUGGAUGUUAUCCAGAAUUUUUAGCAUCUCUUUUGUCUGUGAAAGUGUUACUGCAGUGAACAAGGGUUUUUUGAAAAUGAUCAUUCCAGAAAAAGAAAACUGAACAGUGCCAAUAGAAGUGUAAAUAUAAAAUGCCCGAUAAUUAUGUUACUUUUUCUUUUUUAUCGACAAAAAAGUAUAUAUAUUGAAACAAAAUAUGCAUGAUUUUGUUACUUUGACAUUUAAAAAAAAAUUAUAGUUUGAUUUCCUUUGUUUUUCAUUUCAUUAACACGCUCCAAAAAUAUCUCGAAGUCAAACACUGUGUACGACUGUACAGUUAUUUCCUGACAGGUAUUUAUUGAAAAGAGUUUUGUUCAACUUAAACCCAGCACGAACAUAAAAUGAUUUACUCCUCUGCAAAUAAAAAGCGAGCGAUCAUGAUAAAAUUUACAAAAGAGCAGUAACCCUGGUGUCGACGCUGCCUGCUGUAUUUGUAAAUACAAUGUGAGGUACACUUUGUGCAACAAUGAAAAAAUAAAUCACCUUUUAAGAUGCAGGGCUGAUUGACAGAUGCAAGCUCCGCCCCCUCUCCAAUCCCUCUGUUUAGCUAUGAUGUACAACAAACCCAACUAAGGGCUGCAGGAUUGAUUUUACAGGAUGUCCACCAAAAAAGAAACAAAUAAUUACUUUAAAAGAACAAUAAUAGUAAAUAAAAUGAAUUAUGCAAAUGUU